CCCUCUCUUUCUGUACAAAGUGUUUCCAACUCUGACAGCAAUGAGGCUUCUUUAAAACAGCUUCUACACACGCAGACAAAAGGAUCUCACCACCAGACUCUACAUUACCCAGACUCAAGAUUUUAAGCAUCACCUAUGGGAGAAGUGUUGGUUCAAAGGAAUAACCAAAGUGUCUGUGCGUCACCAUGUCUGUGGCCAAAAUCCUGUGCUGUUUGCUGUUAACGUACCACCUCAAUGAGGGGAAGAGAAUCAAAGAAAGCAGAGCAGGUGCAGCGGAUACAGAGCAGAGUGUAGUCCUGAAGCUGACAGAGCCGUACGUCAGCAGUUCAGCCUUCAGGAUGUUUUCAGAAGGUGAGGACAACUGCGCACUGGACCCUCUGCAGCUGCACACGCUCACCUCCUGUGGAUUCAACAGCAGUAAUCCCCUCAUCAUCAUCACUCACGGGUGGUCGUUGGAUGGUAUAAUGGAGAGCUGGGUGCUCAGGUUAGCCGCAGUCCUGAAGACAAGUCUAAUAAACGUCAACGUGGUGAUUACCGACUGGCUGUCCCUGGCUCACCAGCACUACCCCACAGCUGCACAGAGUACCCGCACUGUUGGAAAAGACAUAGCUCACCUGCUGCAGUCACUUCAGGUACACUACCAGUUCCCAGUUAGAAAGGUUCAUCUGAUUGGCUACAGCCUCGGCGCUCACAUAUCUGGAUUUGCCGGAAGCUAUCUGGAAGGUUCGGACAAGAUUGGAAGAAUAACUGGUCUGGACCCAGCGGGGCCGCUGUUUGAAGGCAUGUCUCCCACAGACAGACUGUCUCCUGAUGAUGCUGAAUUUGUGGAUGCCAUCCACACCUUCACCCAGAAGCGUCUGGGCCUCAGCGUGGGCAUCAAGCAAGCUGUGGCACAUUAUGACUUUUACCCCAACGGAGGAGAGUUCCAACCGGGAUGUGACCUGCAUAGCAUUUACGAGCACGUAUCCGAGUACGGGCUCAACGGUUUCCAGCAGACCAUCAAAUGUGCUCAUGAGCGGUCCGUCCAUUUAUUCAUGGACUCUGUGCUGAAUAAAGACAAGCAGAGCAUGGCAUACAGGUGCAGGGACAAAAGUGCUUUUGACAAAGGCAUCUGUCUGGACUGUCGGAAGAAUCGCUGCAACACACUGGGCUACAAUAUCAGGAAGGUUCGCAGUGGCGCCAGCAAGAGGCUCUACCUGAACACACGCUCUCGGAUGCCUUACAAACUCUAUCAUUACCAGUUCAGGAUCCAGUUGGUCAACCAGAUGGAGGGGAUUGAGCCCUCUCUCACCAUAUCCUUCACUGGAACAAAGGAGGAGAGUGGAGACCUCCCCAUCACCGUCACUGGAAAUGCAUCUGGGAAUAAGACCUACACCUUCCUGAUCACCCUGGACAGAGACUUAGGGGAUCUGAUGUUGCUCAGAUUGCACUGGGAGGGACCGGCUCUGUGGAAGAACGUGUGGAACCGGGUUCAUAACAUCAUUCCCUGGGGCGGCCAGAGGAGAAACCCACUGCUGACUGUGGGCAGGAUCAGCAUCAAAGCCGGCGAGACGCAGGAGAGGACAUCUUUUUGUGCCCAGACAGAUGAUGGACAGCAUGUUGAAGCGUCACAAGAUACUGUGUUUGUUCGCUGUAAAGAAGACAAACUAAAACAGCGCAGAAGAAAGCACAACUAAUAGACUCGUGUGGGUUCCUUAUUAAUCUGUUCAACGGACUGAGGAUGUCUGAUGGAUGGCCACAAUUAGAUGAAAGUCUGUUAACUCCUCAAAGUGUGGCUGUGCAGAUUUAGAUUUAUUUUAGAUUUUUUUUUAAAUAUUGUUGAAAUUAAAUUAAAUAAUUCUGGGAAACUGAAGCUAGAAAACAAAAAACAACUAUUGUAAACUGUGUUUACAAGUUACAGAAACAUCUUUAAGUUUGAUUAUGUAAUAAAAUCAUUAAGCCAAGUAUUGCACAGUGUAGUUUUAAGAACCAGCCCAUAUUUACAUUUCUGUCUACAUACAAAAUGUCUUUCAGGGGAAUGAAGAGUUGAAAGUUUGCCAAUUCAAAUGUUAACCAAACAGACAGUGAACACAGAGUCGGACGUUCAAUGACCUUUUGAUGACGUUAAUUCCAAAUUGUGUAAAUGUAUUUUUUUCUGUGUGUCCUAUGCCAAAUUAUCAACCUCAUUAUUUAAAAACCUACGUUAGUCUUGCCAGAAACAUCAUAUAUAUAUACAAGUGUUAAUCAAACUCAAACCAGAGCAAUAAAUAUACUCUUUUCUAUUC